AGAGCUGAACAACGACUAGCAGCCGAAUUAUUCACGGGUGUCGCAAAAGGUACUAAGUAUAUUGGCUUCAAGAAAUUGGAUCAGCUAUGGAAAUGGUUGGCUCCUGCGAUAGACAAUCUGUACGACCGCAUGAACGCAGACGCCUACCUGGCCUGGCAAAGCUGCAUCACAGACGUGCUUAAUCGGGACGAUACUCGACGAUUUUGGUGGCUGAUUGAGCGAUUUCUCAGCAGCAUGACACGUCCUGCGCCUACGGCUUGGCAUCAGGGAAUCCGUUCCUAUGUUCUGCUUGCCACUGAUUGGCGUGAAACGGAAACUCGACGUAGAAUUUGUGAGAUAGCAUGGAAGAAUCUACCAAAGGCCGUAAUCGAGACCCAACGACUUGGAAUCUCAACAUCGCUGAAACAUGUUUGUACGGUAUUAGAGGCGAACAUGAACAAUGAUCUGAAGAAUAUGCCGGAGAGGUUUCAACUGGAGAGCGUUGAUGUGUGGUUGGGACGUUUUGAGAAAAAGGUAAUACUUGUUUCUAAAAUCUCACUUGUACAAAUAGCUAUUUUGGUGCAUUGCGGGAUCAACACAGACAAGAAGUGCUUCCUAAACCUGGGUCUGCUUGUAAGCCCUCCUAAGACGACAUCUGAUACCUCGCUCAAGCAGCAAAAUAGCGGAACAGCGCAACUGAGCGAGAAGCAGGACGAAGAGCAAACAAAAAGCAUCACUCCGAAGAGCACUGAG